GUCAUUACCUGCCUUGACUCCGUCAUAGUUAUCCAACAAAGGCUCUGUGACUCAAGCAAUCGUGGGUUGAUUUUUUAAAUUUUUUUUUAUCUUGGUCUGUCACUCGGUGUCCGAAUAAACGAUGGCUGGAGUGUGCGUUCCAUCUGAGCCAUCCUCUACGGAUUUGCACCGGGUCAGACUUCUGCAAUCAAAUGUAAACCGAGUUAGUGCAAGAUGGAUGCACAGGCAAAUGAACUUGCCCUGCGAGAGAGGUCCGGAGGGAAGAUAUUACUUUAAAAGUUUACUAGAACAACAGAGGAGUGCAUUCUCGAAAUUCAACCUACUGGCCCAUCCACCUGCGGACAACGCGCCCUUGGCGCCUUUACGAGAUGAGGUCUUGUUGAUUGAUCCGUGCUCUGGCCAUCUAAGUGCGGGGGCUGAGGUGGAUUUGUCAACUAAAGGAAGACCUCAAUUUAUAGAUAUCCCUUAUAUUCCGUCUGGAUUAUGGGUCGCCGCCGGUUCCAGAGAAAGGCCCCAGACUCCUUCAGUCAGGCCAUCAGCCUGCGACCUGUCAGAAAACAAGGCAUGGAACUCAAGGACAAUGCCAGACGCAGCUCUUCGGGCCAGUCUUGGAGGUUGGACAAGUCAUUCGAAGGAUGUCAGCCCCUCUGGCCCCAGUCAGUGGAUAGAGAAGGCAGCACAACGUUAUAUCUACACUUCAGUGGCUCAGAGGGGCUAUGAGGACGUCGGUUGGGACGCAAAAUUACCGCGGCGCGUGAAGCCCCCAGCAACCACCCUUGAGAAAAUGGCGGACCCUGUGAAUCAGCAUUUCACCCAGAAGUGUUACCACAGCAAACCAGAGCUGUGGCAGGCGAUUGGAGCCCAUUGGAACAGACACCAGCUUCGUGCUAGGAAUGAAGUGAGGAAACCUAUAACAUUCACCAGCCCCUGCCCAAACACCUGUCAAAUUCCAUUGUAUGGGUAAGAAGUUCUAGCCUCUGUUUGUGCUCUUGCCAACAUUUUGUAUUUUACUAUUUUUGUUAUCUUUUUUUCACGUCAAUUUGUUUUGUUUGUAGGUUCAUGUGUAGGCUAAAGCAGUGCCUCUGAGGAAGAGUGAAAAUGUGUCUCUGAGUGUGACUGGACGUGCUUGUUGUGUGUCCUCUUUAUGUCAUUGGAGUGGUGUGGUGGGGUCCAUGAACAUGGACAACAUAGAUAAGACAGGACAUGACUUCUACCCCUUGACUAUGCAGCGGACCACAUUGCCCCCAUACACUCCCACGGCACACCGCCCCACCAUCCCUGGCUAUACCGGCAAGGCUCACUGUGAUGGUGCUCGGUCCUCUGGGUUCAGUCUGCCUCUUCUACCCAGCUCUGCCCCAUGGACCAAUCAGGGUUUAUGGAAUCCUCCGGUUUAUGCUCGCACUGCACCUCUGUCCAGAAUGGUGACCACUGUGCCUCCACAAAACCCAUUCCUACACUCCAAGCCACCAGUUUUUCCUAUUUAAUGCCUCUUCAAGAACACAUGAGAAAUAUUAAACAA